GACCGCGACGUCACCAAGGACUGUUCGUCGCAAGCCGAAAGUAUCUCCUAGCUUCUUCAACCUUUUCUUACUUAAGCUCAUUUGAACCCUCCUACAUGUAUGUCGAAUCCAUUUUGUUUCGCGACUAGAAAUACAUACAAUUUUUUAAUUAAAUACCAUACGAAAACUCGUCAUUACAGUAUAACAUUCAUUCACAAUGUGGUGGGGCAAAGGACCAGACAAGUCCGAAGCUUCAAAAGAUAAGACAGAAACCCCGCCAAAUACCGCGACGAAGGUCGACCCGCGCAGCGAUGCCACCCAAUUUGACCCCAACAAGCUCCCAGAGCACCGCGACUUACCGAAGAGUUUGCAGAAGAUAGUCGAUAAGUCGGACAAAGAUGAUAACUUUUUUGACGAGCUCGUGGAGGGAUAUGCACCCGACUCCACCGAAUCCAACGUUCGAUAUGCCGCCUACGCGAACAGAUUACGAACGAUUAUGCUCUCGGCCCACCGUUACGUGGCGUAUACCUCAGACAUAGGAGAAUCUUUCAGACCAGUCGCGCAUCCGUGGUUAGUCCGAAGCGCGUACGGUGUAUCGUGGGCAUACAUUCUAGGCGAUGUUUCAUAUGAAGGCUACAAGGCGUAUUGGCAAAACCAACGAACGCUGAACCCGCAGCUGGUCCUAUCAGAUAAACAACAAAAAGCGACCGGAUUAACGACUCCAGAACCCGCAAAUGUUAAGCCUGGCGUCAUUUCUCCUUUGGAAGAUUACAGGACUGUGAUGGUUCAGCGAGGUAUCUUCCAAAGUAUAGCCUCCAUGGGGCUUCCCGCAUUCACAAUCCACAGUGUGGUCAGAUACUCAGGUAGGGCGAUGAAGGAUAUGAAGAGUAAGACCCUUAGAGUGUGGGGUCCAAUAGGGCUUGGUCUUGCCGUCGUACCGUUCUUGCCAACCUUAUUCGAUAAGCCGGUCGAGAAUGCGGUCGAAAUCUUGUUCCAUAAGGGAUUCGAAUUAUAUGGCGGGAAAGAAUACAUUGGCGAUUCGCCUUCAACGGGUCGAGAAGCAGCCUUACGACAGAAACCAAAGCCACAAAAUAAGGAAAAGGAAUUAUGAGACUAUUGAUGUAGAGAUUAAGGGACUAGUUGAUAUACUAUGGCGCAAAGGGGGGAGUUAUCCCCACUCCUCGAUUAUGAUUGACGUUAUGACGAAGGUCGACAAGGGACGGGCGAGGGAGAAAUAUUGUGUGUCGCGAGACUUGUACAUUUCACUUGAAAACUAUAUUUAUACCUAAGCCAUGCAUAUAAAUCAAACA